GAGGAAGAUCCUCCGUGAAGCGAAAGCAAAACCAAACAAAAAGGCCAAGCAGGAGCGGCGUGCCUCCGACCGGCGCUGUCGGAGUCCACCACCGCCUUGGCCUCCGCCUCCCCCCACACCGGGCGCGGGAUCGACCCUCCUCGAUCUGCGCCCGGCGAAUCCAACCGGGCUCCCCGCCGCACCAGCAUUGGGCCCCCUCCCGCCGCGCGCCGCCGCCGGCCCCAUCGAUCCGGCUCUCGUGGGGCAGGGCUGGGACCUCGAGGGGACGGGGGGCCUGAUCCUGCUUUCUGUUUGGAUUUCGCUUUCCCCUGUGGGGCUCGGUUGCUGGUGUGGUUGCCCAGGAGGAGGAGGACAUGGAUUUGGCGUCGGUCAACGAGGAGCUGGCCGAGAUCGACGGACAGAUCGGCGAUAUCCUCCGCGCAUUGCAGAAUGGAUUCCAGAAGUUGGACAAGAUCAAGGAUGCCAACCGCCGCAGUAGACAGCUUGAAGAGCUUACUGAUAAGAUGCGAGAUUGUAAAAGACUUAUCAAAGACUUUGAGCGAGUUAGCAAAGACGAGGCAGGGCGUACUGAUCCGGAUACUGCAAAAAUGCUGCAUGACAGAAAGCAGUCGAUGAUCAAAGAAUUAAACUCUUAUGUUGCUCUUAAGAAACAACAUGCAAGUGGAAAUAAGCGAAUUGAUCUUUUUGAUGGUCCUAGUGUUGAAGAUGGCUAUGGUGAAGAAAAUGUCCUGUUGGCAUCAAAUAUGACAAACCAGCAGUUAAUGGAUCAAGGCAAUCAACUAAUGAAUGAAACUGAUCAAGCUAUCGCGCGAUCUAAACAGACUGUCCAAGAGACCAUCAAUGUAGGCACAGAAACUUCAGCUGCUCUGAAAGCACAGACAGAGCAAAUGAGCAGAGUUGUUAAUGAGCUGGACUCUAUCCAUUUCUCCAUUAAAAAGGCAUCUAAAUUGGUGAAAGAAAUCGGUAGACAGGUUGCAACUGACCGAUGCAUCAUGGCCAUGCUUUUUCUCAUUGUUGCUGGAGUCAUAGCAGUAAUUAUUGUUAAGAUUGUAAACCCACACAACAAGGACAUUCCCAACAUCCCAGGACUUGCACCACCUGUAAGCAGGAGGCUGUUGAGAUAGAAGACAAGUGAUAAUUCCAUACUUGUGUAAAAAUUGAUGAGGCUCCUUGGGAGGUCCAUUGUAUCUACAGUCUGUGAGGCGCCGCUUCAGUCAUGUGGCAUAGUGUUGUAAUUCUAUCUCAUGGGAUACAAAUCUGGCAGGUACAGUAUGUGUGUAUGUUCUUAUUCUUCUGGCUGGCCUUUCUGUUUUGCAAGAACCAAGCUCCGAACCAUGUUCCCUGUAAACCUUCACAUCUGUACACAAGUUACCAGUCUUAUAAGACCGAGAUCAUAUGGAUUACGCAUACGCAAACGUUGCAUACCUA